AUAGAGCGGGGAACACUGGGUACGUGCGAGCGGGCUACUCGUGUUAACAGGAGAAUACUCCUGAGCGCUUGAACGGCUCGGUCAGCAAAAGUAUACACUCACUAAUGGGGAGUGUGCUCCUGUACCUGAGAGCAAUGCGCGCGCAUCCUACUCGUGUUGACAGGAGUAACCGCGGGAACGCACCCAAGUGCUGGAGGGUACAGGCGCGACGGAGGCAGACAUACAUGUACGAUGCAAGUCCAUGUGCAGUUGUCGAUUGAGUGCACUUGUGUGUGCACGUCCAUUAUGGAAUGGUGAUGCCUGGUCCAAGUUCCCUGUAACGCCCAAGUCAUAGGAUUCCAGUGCCCUUUUUAUGGGUGAGAAACGGGCAGGAAAACUUGUGCACACCUCAGAGCGAGGAAAUCAAGCGGGACCGUUUUUACCCAAACCGAAGGCUUUGUCUAGUUUACGUGAUGGAAUUUAUGGAAAGACUUCUGCAGCAGCAGCAACCUGGCGAGAUUUUCCAUGCACGGGGAAAUAUCGAUUCAUGGUGGAGGCGCUGAAUCUUGUGUGGGCGUGGUAUCCUAGACCAGAGGUUUUGUUUUACUGUAACCAAUUCCUUGCUGUAAUUCCGAGCCGUAAUAUGAAAUGCUCACUGGCAUCAUUAAUCGUCGAAUCAGCGCAGAGCAGACACCGACCCUGCACGGGUAAACAACGUAGAUGGAAGCGACCGACAGCGACCUAUGGAGCUUUUUUUUUGGAUUUUGUUUUAGAUGACGCGAGAACCAAGUGGGGUACCAGCGAGAUAAUUUUCGUAGUGUUUACUCAACGUCUAAGCAGCUAGGCGUACACAAUGUAGAAUGCUCCGUAGCGCUGAGGCUGGUUCAGUCCAUUUUUAGCAGGAGAUUACUUCAGUGAUAUUUAUCAUUGAGCGAACGCAAGGUUUCAGACAGCAAAAGGAGAUUGAAAGUCGAAUAACCAGACGUUGACCAGUAUCGCUGUGAACAGUAGUUGCCCCUUAAGUCACUAUUCUGAUAUCAGUAUAUCGGAUACAGACGUGCACGAUACCAACAAGCGACGUCAACAAGUGUAGUAUGUUGAACUCCCGAGUAUCCCUUUGAGACUUGCACACGGAGAAACCACCGACGACUUUCGCGGGCCAUGUGCGGGAUUUCCCGUUGGAUACGUAGGCCUACGGGGGACUGACACCUAACCGAUCAUCACACGAGCAAAGCCAGGUUUUUCGCCCAUCGUGCUGCCGAGGAGACUUUGGAGUUUAGGAUAGCUUAUCGUUAGGAGCUCCAUCAAUAGGUAAUGACACGGUAAGAUUUCGAUCUAUACGCCACCGUGGGACGAGAUUGCGUGAUAUUGCUAGGGCUUAAAGCAGCUCGCCAGUAGUAAUUGGGUGGACUCCCUGCCAAUGGUAUAUCUGAUAACUGCUAAACAAGCCUAGGUUCGAUGGCCAGACCGACGCACCCACGCAGUUGCACGGUGCACCAGUGUCAAUGGCCGAUGUGACCAGCAUGACGCUGCAGCAAGUUGGAAUUCGCGAUUUGUUACUACAUGAAAACGUCUGCUCGGUUAAUGAACGGAACAACCGUGAGCGCGGAACGUAACAGAAACCGGAAGUGUAAGUAAAUGAUGCGGGAAAAAUCUGAAAUAAUAAGUCGAUUAAAACUUUUUGCCCAUUAUCAUGACAGAUUUGUGUGCGAGAUAAUGAAUACGUACUUUCCCAUAAAAGGGCAAUAGAACUACUGGAUUUUCAUUAUCCGUUGGCGUUACACCAGAAAACUAAAUUUCUUGAAUUCAAUUUCUACAUUUUACGGUAUGCGACUUGACAACUCUUGCAUGACAAGACAUGAAAUAUUCUGUCUUGAGAGAACCUCUGUUGAUGCCAGUGCAGCCUCAACCAGAACUACCGAGUGGCUCGUCAAACUGUAGUGGAAACCCCGGUAUUGCAUUUCUGGUUUGGGCAUGCUUUCAUUUUCGGAAUAACCAGCAGAGUGACAUUGCAUAAGGUUCUAAGAUGCAGUCCCCUGCCUCCCCGCAGUUCUUUGCCUGGAGGUGCAUCCUCGUGUUCUUCGCCCUGUGCGGCAACACCUUGGUCAUCGUCGUCUUCGUCCGCGUCCGGCGUCUGAGGACAAUGACCAACUACUUCAUCAUCAGCUUGGCCUUUGCGGACCUCAUCACCGCCAUCACCGUCAUCCCAAGCUUCUUUCCUGCCGACUGGCUGCCGGACGACGCCCGGGGCAUCGUCUACUGCCGGCUCAUCGCCUCCGACGUCUUCAUGUGGACGGCGCUCAAGGCCUCCGUCUUCAACCUGAUCGCAGUGACCCUAGAGCGCUACCUGGCCGUGGUGUACCCGCUGCGCCACAGGCGGCUCUUCAGCCCCACCAAGGCCAAGAUCAGCGUGGCCUUGACCUGGAUAGUGGCCGUGCUAAUCAACUUGUUUGCCCCUUUGGUGCUGGAUGUGGAAGGAGGGAAAUGCGCAGUGGUGUGGCACAGCGAAGCCUUGCGCAUCUCCGUGGGCGUUUCUGUGUUCCUCGUCACGUAUCUGAUCCCCGUGCUGGUCAUGCUGGUCACGUACAUACGCAUCUUGGCCAAACUGCGGACGCAGACACGAGUGGCCUCGCAGACAGCCCAUCGGGCGCAUUCCCAGAAUCGACUGGUGGCCUACCACGCCGCCCGGCGUGGCGUGGUGGAGACCCUCUUCGUCGUAGUGCUAGCCUUCGCCGUGUGCUGGACACCGGACCAGAUAAUGUUCCUCGCGCAGAACGCCGGCCAUUUCGACUACGAGGGGAGCGCCAUCUAUCCGUACUUUCUCUUACUCGCCCUAACGAACUCCUGCGUAAACCCGGUGAUCUACUCCAUCAAGAACAGGUCCUUCCGCAAGUCCAUCAAGCUCGCCUUCCGGAGGAAGCACCGGGUGGGGCAGGAUCUCUCCCGGAACCGCCGAGACGUCGCGCUGCAGGUGGUGAACGGGGCCGAGAGCGAGAAGUUGACGUGCACAGAUUACGCGGCCGUUGCCGCGGACACGACCAGUCAGGUACACCAGGAUGGACCGGGUCGAACAGGUCAGCCAGUCCAAGUUCAACCAGUGCCUCAAGCCCCGCAGCCGCAAGGUGACAAGCCACCUGAUCACUCUACUCCCAGAGAUCCUCGGCCAUCCACACAGGAUUGACAUUGCCUUAAGUCUAUACACACGUGUACGUGUUCUCUUGAAUAUUUUUAAAGAACAAAGACCAAAAUCAGCAUCGUGUGCCAUUCCAUGUGAUGUUUAUAUUUCAACUUUCAUAAACCAGACAGAAUAUCAUUCAGUAAAAAAUUAAUAGUGUAUCCCCUUUAAACUGGCGAUUUUGCACUUUGGUCAUACCCAUGCCCAUAAGUUGCAAUUUUAUGAUUUAUGUAAGUCAAUUAUUAUGAUAAUAAGCAAAUCUAAUCCACGCAGCUAGAUCAGGGAUGAACUUCAAUCGGAGGAGGACACUCAUCAUGUCAUAGCCUUUAACGCCGGGUCGUAUUUCCAUGCUGAUAUAAAUUGUAACUCGGUCCUAGAUCUGGCGUCACGGGUCACAUCGGUCAUGCACAGUGCGACUACUCUGGUUCGCCGUGGAGUAUAUGGGCCCAUCAUGGGUGGUUGCUUCGCGUACAGGAAACUAAUGUUGGUUGUUAACUUUGGUGUGCGAAGAAAUAGCCUAGUUCCACUUAUUGUAAUGAGCUAUUGUAGCUUUUGGCUGGUAACCUACGCAUGUAUUCUGCAGUAUGUGCAUAAUGUAAAACAGUCCUUGUGUGCCAAGAAAAGAAUCUUUUCGCGCGCAUGCUCAAGUGUAUGAAUAUUUAUUCAUCACGGGAAUACUUUUAUCGCGUGAUGCCAUCCCGACUCCUGCCAUCCUAUCAAAAAUCCAGAGUAGGCCUUCUUAUCAUCUUGGAUGGGAUCCGAACUACGAGGGACGAAACGUGCACAUUGAGCCCCCCCCCCCGCCGAAAAAGUCAUUUUCCAACCUCGAAUUCUGCUCAGAAAAACCCGUUCAUUUCCGGCGCGGCAUCUGCAGACAAAGCGUGCAUGCACCUGCAACACCUGACAAAGUUAAAUCGCCGAAGCUACUUUAUUGAUUCAAUCUUGGGUCAGCUGUGUUCUGCAAGACUUCUUGACAGAAUACGGACCACAGUAAUUAUAUGCCUUCGAGAGCGCCUGUAUAAUUAUGACCUAUACCCUUUUCAGAAAAAAAGGCAAUUCGUCGAUAUUAGGUUUACAAAGUGCCUAUCCUUUUUCUCGGGACUUAAGGUGAUUUAACAGCCAAUUGGCUUAAUUGGCAAGUAAGAAUGAUUUAUCGUCAACGGUCAAACUUUCAAAUCAUUGGGUUUCUUUGUAAAGGUUAUUACUUAGUGUGUAUUUAUAAAUUUUGUCAAUUGUUUACAGGACAUAAUUUUAUGAAUGUCUUAGACUCAGUCUGGUGAAGCUGGGAUCACAACCAGCAGCUUAAUUCGCUUUGAGCAGAAGCACCCCCUCAUCGGUUGAAAAGAGUCAUGUUGGUCGGGAGUGUUCAUUUUAGUUGGUAGCGGUACGACAGCCACGCAUAAAUGUUCAUAGUCGGUCGUGAACCAGCGAAGUGUAGUUCCCACCAAAGGGGCCUAAGUUGCUGGGAAAAUUGUGCCCUCUCUUAGUCCAGCUCGGGGCUCAUAGAGCAGAACAAUUAUGUUAGGCUUUCGUGUGUAUUCGACAUAUUGCAACUGCAGCCUUAAUUUUUAAAAUAUAAAUUAACAUCUCCCCAACGCAAAAAAAAAAGUACAUCUUGCAGCCACUGUCCACAGCUUGUCAGAAAUCCAAGUCAGCUUGAACUCAGCGGAUAGGUCAAAUAUCAUUCUGGGUCUUGUUCUUGUACUUGCGAAAACGAAAAUAGAUCUGCACAGACAUAUUUAAAUAUACCGCAAACUUCAUAUUAAAAUUCACUUGUGAUGCUGUUAA